GGCCAGCAAAGAGGCACGGCACCCAAGAUGGCCCCUGCUGCAGAGGCAGCCGUGGCAGCAGCAGCAGCAGCGGGCCCGAGGGUGGAAGAGGAGGCCGCGGCCGGCCGGCUCUUUUUGCUGGUGAAGGAGGAGGUGGGCGCCGCGACGGCCACGUCCGUGGUCCGCAGCUGAGAAGAGCUGCUGCCGCUGUCGCGAGGAUAUAUUUCACACUAUGUGCUGACUGUCUGUACUUACAGAAGAUAUUUAAAAACAAUUUUUUUCCAAAAAAAUUUGAUUCCAGUGGAAUCUGCUUUAGAUUUUGUCUUGUGAAAUAACGCCUGAAGCAAUGCCUGUACAAGCUCCACAAUGGACGGAUUUUCUCUCCUGCCCGAUUUGCACGCAAACGUUCGACGAAACGAUCCGAAAGCCCAUCAGCCUGGGCUGUGGCCACACGGUCUGCAAGAUGUGCCUGAACAAGCUCCACCGGAAGGCAUGCCCCUUCGACCAGACCAAUAUCAACACAGAUAUUGAGCACCUUCCUGUGAACUCAGCCUUGUUGCAGCUUGUGGGUGCUCAGGUGCCAGAACAGCAGCCAAUAACUCUACGCAGUGGUGCUGAAGAUACCAAGCAUUAUGAAGAAGCUAAGAAAUGUGUGGAAGAACUAGCCUUGUACCUUAAACCGCUCAGCAGUGCAAGAGGUGUAGGAUUGAACAGCACCACUCAGAGUGUACUAAGCCGGCCCAUGCAGAGGAAGCUUGUGACGUUAGUCCACUGCCAGCUGGUGGAAGAAGAAGGGCGGAUCAGGGCUAUGCGUGCAGCGCGAUCACUGGGUGAAAGAACUGUCACAGAGCUCAUUCUUCAGCACCAGAACCCCCAGCAACUCUCUUCCAACCUUUGGGCUGCAGUGAGGGCUAGGGGCUGCCAGUUUCUUGGACCAGCAAUGCAGGAAGAAGCCCUCAAGUUAGUUCUUUUGGCUUUGGAAGAUGGAUCUGCUUUGUCUCGGAAGGUCUUGGUUCUCUUUGUGGUACAGAGGUUGGAGCCACGAUUUCCUCAGGCUUCUAAAACCAGCAUUGGGCAUGUUGUCCAGCUUCUUUACAGAGCCUCCUGUUUCAAGGUGACUAAACGUGAUGAGGAUUCCUCCCUGAUGCAACUGAAGGAGGAGUUCCGAACAUACGAAGCUCUGAGGCGAGAACACGAUUCCCAGAUUGUGCAAAUUGCUAUGGAGGCUGGUUUGCGCAUUGCUCCAGAUCAGUGGUCCUCGUUGCUGUAUGGAGACCAGUCUCACAAAUCUCAUAUGCAGUCCAUUAUUGACAAGUUGCAGACCCCAGCUUCUUUUGCACAGAGUGUUCAGGAGCUAACCAUUGCUCUCCAGCGUACUGGUGACCCAGCCAAUCUGAAUCGGCUUCGACCUCAUCUAGAACUCUUAGCAAAUAUUGAUCCCAGUCCAGAUGCCCCACCACCUACAUGGGAACAGCUUGAGAAUGGACUGGUUGCCGUGCGGACUGUGGUACAUGGGCUGGUUGAUUACAUUCAAAAUCACAGCAAGAAAGGAGCAGAUCAGCAGCAGCCUCCUCAGCACAGCAAGUACAAGACAUAUAUGUGCCGGGACAUGAAGCAGAGAGGAGGGUGCCCCCGUGGGGCCAGCUGCACCUUUGCGCACUCGCAGGAAGAAUUAGAGAAAUUUCGUAAGAUGAACAAACGUCUUGUUCCUCGAAGACCCCUGAGUGGCUCCUUAGGUCAACUGAAUGAAGUGGGCCUAUCAGCAGCAGCUAUCAUCUCAGAUGAAGGAGUUGUAGACUUGCCCAGCAGAAAACCUUCUGCCUUGCCAAAUGGGAUUGUUUCAACGGGCAGCGCAGUGACGCAGCUUAUCGCUCGUGGAACCGACUCCAGCUACGAAUCAGCCUUGAAGCCUGGGAAAAUUGACCACCAUAGCAGCAGUGCCCCUGGAUCACCUCCUGAUUUGCUGGAAUCUGUUCCCACGAGUCCUCUAUCUGCCUUACCAGUAAACUCCCACCCGGUGGCACCGCGGGGACCUGCAGACCUGCCUCCAAUACCAGUUGGCAAGCAGCUUCAAAUGGUACCACGAGGCUCCCAGUUGUAUCCGGCUCAGCCAACUGAUGUGUUUUACUCAGAUCCUCGAGGACCAGCUCCGCCAUUUGAACACCCACCUUACCAACCAGGUGUGUAUUAUCCUGCAACUCAGUCUUCACAGUGUAUGCCUCGUUUUAUCCGACCUCCUCCGUCUGUUCCUGAACCGGGUCCUGCUUAUUUAGAACAUUACUCGCCAUACAUCCAAGAUCGCAUGAUGAAUUCUCAGUACAGUGCCCAGCCUCCACAAUACCCUCCCAUGGGACAACCCAUGUACCCUCCUCACUAUGACAGCCGGCGAGUGUACCCCUCUGCUCAGCCAUACCAGCGGGAAGAGAUCAUCCGAGGAAGCCCUGUGCCCAUUGAAAUUCCUCCACCAGCUGUGUCGCCAUAUGUACCUGAAACAAGAGACAGAUACCCACAAGUAGAGGGCUACUAUCCAGUUGGUCCACAUCCGAAUCCGAUCAGACCUUCAUAUCACAGAGAGCCUUAUAGCCGGCACCCCCCUCAGCUACAUCCCAGUCUUGAUGAAUUACACCGUCGACGAAAGGAGAUCAUGGCCCAGCUAGAGGAAAGGAAGGUCAUCUCCCCGCCUCCUUUUGCAUCAUCGCCAACUCUGCCUCACUCUUUACACACUGACGAGUAUAUGGAUGAAGACCUGAAAGUAGCUGGCAAAUACAAAGGAAAUGAUUACAGCCAGUACUCUCCCUGGUCGUGUGACACCAUCGGCUCCUACAUUGGAACCAAAGAUGCAAAACCCAAAGACAUUGUGGCAGUGGGGCUUGUGGAGAUGGUGAAUAUAGAUAGCAAGGGGAUGCGAGACCAGCGUUUGGAUUUGCAAAGGAGAGCAGCAGAGACUGGCGAUGAUGAUCUUAUUCCGUUUGGAGAUCGGCCUACGGUGUCGAGGUUUGGCGCCAUCUCACGUACAUCCAAAACGAUGUACCAGAACCCUGGCCCCAUGCAAGCCAUGACAGUUCAAGGGGCUUCCUCAAAACCAGUCAAUGUUUCAGAUUACAGCCCUUACGGAACACACAGUGCAUGGGGAGGCUCAUAUUCCCCCCAUCAAAACAUACCUUCUCAGGGACGCCUUAGUGACAGGGAGAGGUUGUCUAUGACAGAAGUUGCCAGCCAUGGGAAGCCUUUGCCCUCAUCUGAGCGAGAACAACAGCUUCGACUUGAACUGCAGCAACUAAACCAUCAGAUCAGCCAGCAGACGCGAGGACUGGAGGCUGUUAGUAACAGGCUGCUGUUGCAGAGGGAGGCGACCUCCUUGGCAGGCCAACCACAGCCCCCACCGCCACCUCCUAAGUGGCCUGGAAUGAUCUCAAGUGAACAGCUGAGUAUGGAGCUGCACCAGGUGGAGAGGGAAAUCGGGAAGAGAACCCGGGAACUGAGCAUGGAGAGCCAAUCCUCACUAGAUGUAAAAAGCAAAGUCAGUGCCAGUAAGCAGACAGAAAAUGGACAGCAAAGCAAGAUACCAGCUGAGGACCUUGCAUUGACAUUCAGCAGUGAUGUUCCAAAUGGAUCAGCCACAACCCAAGAAAACAUUGGCCUUCUCUCGAACAAAACUGCAGCUCUGAGCUUGUCGGAGGAUACUGAAGGAGGUGGAGGUGAACAGGAUACCCAGAGAGCAGGAGCAACGCCCACCACUGCUCCCUGAAGGAACAAGAGUGUCUCUCCACGUGUGUUGGGGAUCACCUCCCCGCUCCACCUUGGGAUAAUGGGAGACACGGAGCAAGAACUGAAACAGCAGCAGGUCCUGAGACAAUGUGCACAACACCACUACUAGAAACAAGCCCUGCACAUAGUUCAUAUUAACACAUUUUUUAAUUAAAAAAAAUGAAAAUUAGCAGUAUCUGCAAGCAACUCAGAUUAAAUUUGUUUUUGUUCUGUGAAUGAACUUUAUUUUAAUAACUUCGGAUGCCUUGAAUGCCAGGGCUUUAAAAGAAACAGAUUAUAUAUAUAUGUAUAUGUAUAUGUAUAUAUAUAUAUAAUCCACACUCUCUCUCUAUUUGAUUAAUUGUAUGAUCUUAAAUGAGGUAGUUUUCUCUUUUAUUUUGGUAUUAUUACAUACCCAGUGUAUAAAUCCUUCUUGGCCUCUUUCCUCCUCCCUUCAAAACAAGCUCACUCAUCACUGCAUUAUGUGAGUUUGAAAGGAAAAUAGGGAAUGUGAGAUGGAGGAGGAAGCUCUAAAUUGCCUGGUCAGAAAAUGUGUAGCAGAGUUUCUGAAAGUAACUGUCUUUGUAGAUGCUAGUUCCUUGUCAUUAGCCAUCAUAUUUUCCUAACCAUGAUAGCUGUUAAACUUUAGGUUGUGAAGCAUUUAUCAUCACCUCAACAAUAACGAACUUCAUAGGAUGCAGAAGACCUCAGGGAUUGGUUUUUCCAUUUCUGAAAAGAGUGGAGUUGCCUGGCUCUUUAUUCAUUAUAAAUUGGCUAAUAUUGAUUGAUCCUGGUACUCUUGAUAGGCAACAGGUGUGUUCCAUCUGCAAAGAGAUGCAGAUUUAAAACAAUACCUAGAAAUAGGUGUAGAGUGGCUUCUGAUGUGACCAAGAUGUGGGGGUUAGGAUGGAAUGUGCAGGCCUCCCUGCUUCUGAAUUAUCUUUUGUACCCUGCUGUGAUUUGCAUGAUAUUCUAUGAUAUUCAGUGGAAGGAGAGAUUUGGCAUCUGCUCUGUUUUAGCUCUGAUAGAAAAGUGUGGAGACAGGAAGUACAGGCACCUUUUACUUCCUGUUCUCUCUGCAUCUUUAUUGCAUCUAAAGCUGCUUUGGAUAUCAUUGACCUCUCUUGGGGGAAUGGAUGGGCUGGUGUUGCCCUCACUGCUGUGUCUAAUCUUUGAAAGUCACAGCUUCCUCUGAAUAGUAGAGAGACUGGCUUCCAAGAAAAUAAAACUCCUCAAUUUUACUUUCAGCAAUUCUGUCUCAAAAGCAAAACUCAUCAGAACCUACAUGAGAUGGAAAACCUUAUUGUUUCUACAGGUGCCAUUUUGUUUAUGACUGUCCUUAAAAUGCCACUGUUGCACGUAGAGAUCUACUCAUGCUGUGCAUGUUUUGACUUCCUUCCUCAUCUCUCCCUCGUACCUAUACAUGGGCCGAGAUGCUCUGAGUCGACAUCUUUACAAAAGCUUGCUUGCAUCUCUUAGGCCUGAUUCUCCGUAUGAAUUAGACUACUAAAUCUCAGAAAGCACUGGCUAUGUAAUAAGUUAAAGCAUUGCUUUGGUUGGGUAAAAGCAAAAGUUUAUUAAUCUUGUUUUAGGUUAUUUUUCUUCCCUUAAGGUCCAUUAAGAUCAAAACACCCUUCAGCUGUUUUGAACCUGUCUUAACUGUUAAAUAAAACAAAAUGGGGGGAUACAGUCCCCCUGUUGCCUACCAGUAGGAGUGUCCAAGCAGAAGACUCUUUUGAGUAGUGAUUAUUUAAUUUGCCCAGUCAAGGCACCGCAUUUAUAUAUACUAUUUCACAUUGAAUUUGAUUAUGCCCUACAGACCUGACUGGCCAAAAAUUUGAUAUGCAUAUUGGCUUGGGAAUCGAGCAUUCAUUUUUUAUUUAAAUAAUAUAUAUAUAUAUAUAUGUGUGUGUGUGUGUGUGUGUGUGUCCGCACACAUAUAUACACAUAUAUAUGUAGUUAUAGCUGUAUAUAUAUUGGGUAUGUUUUAAGAAUAUUUUCACAUGAGUGCAGCUGUUUUAAAGCAUCUGGGAGGUAGAGGCACUGAAAAUAUAUCUCGAAAGGCAUUUUAACUCUCAUCGCUUCUAUUUCUCUUAAACCCAUGUGCCACUCUGUCAGAACUGCAGCACAAGAAAUGUUCUUCUUCCUUUCACGCUAGAUCUGGAUAGAAAUGCAUGCUCUUCUCUUUAUGGGAAUUGUUCACUUGAGGUGAGCCCAUCACACUUUUCUGCCUUCCCUGAUGAGGGGAGCAAUGAAGCAAGCAAGAAGCAAGCUGACCUUGCUUUUAAAGAUUAUUUUUCUUGUCAUUUUUCCCAACAUAGAAAGCAUUUUCACUGAACCUGGUGUAUUAUCCCUCAUAUAAAGAGCCUAGUCAAGAAUACAA